AAAAGCCGUCCGAGUUGUUCCCGUCCACACCUUUUUUCCCUCUCAAGAGUUAUUCUUUUGUAGAUUCUUUGGAUCAUUCACUUGAUAGCCUAAUAGUGGGCGUGUGUUUGUCUGUGCUCCGUUACGUGAAAAACGGAACAAAUAUUUUUUGAAAAAAAAACAUUCGAAUUUUUCCGUCGCGUCUCGAAAUGCCCAUUUCUCCUGCUGAUUCAACAAGCAUUGCUCGUCAAAAACAACGUCGCAUCGAACCACUUGUAAUGCUUGAUUCUCGGGAUUACGGUAGUUGGAGGAAUGGAACAACUCCAUCGCCGAGCACAAAUAACAAAAGCCCUCCGGUAUUUCAAAAUGAGAAGAAGAGAGUUCAUUGGCGGAAAUAAUUCUUGUUUCAAUUUUUUUUUGUAUUCUCUGUAAACUGUGUACAUAUUUUGUAAAUUGGAUUACUAAUUUAAAAAUAAAUACUUGUAAAAUAAAAU